AAUGUCAAAAAGAAUAUUUGAUCAGUAUAAGCUAUAUGAAAACUCAAUAACUAAACAUAGUUUACCUCUUAUACCAACAAAAUGGGCGUGGAAAUUAUCACAAAAUAUUGAAAAAGUUGAAGAAUGUUUAACUAUUUGCAAUAUGGAAUAUUUUUGCAAAGCAAUUGAUUAUAAUCCUAACAAUCAAACUUGCAGUCUGAAAAGUGGAUACUAUGGCAAAGAAAUUUCUUUCAGCCACAAUGUCUAUGUUAAAAUUCAAAGAGAAUUAUUUGCUUGUUUAGAAUUACAAUACAGUCUUUAUGAAGAAAGUAGUGUUAAUCAAAGUCUUGAUUUUGUACAUCCAAAGUGGAAUACAAAUACAAAAAUUGUAGAAGAUAUUAAAGUAUGCAUGGAUAUAUGUAACUAUUAUGCAGAAUGCAAGGCUAUUGAUUUUGAACCUCUUUCACUUUAA